AUGGGUGAUGCCAAGGAGGAAGUUGCGUCGUAUUCUGGCGUCACGUUGGAGGAUGAGGUUUUGAGAUUUGAAGUUUCUGAUGGUGAAGGAGAAGGUGUUGGUUGCGUUUGCGUGGGUGAGGAGCAGCAGGAGGAGGGAGAGGACAAUAGAGAAGUUGAAGGAAGCCAUGGCUUUGAUGCUUGGUUGAAGUGUGAUUGA